UGUCUUAGUUCCCGGUCACCUGAGCACCGAGGACGCGUUCACGGGAGCCUCGCAGAGCCACGCCCGCCACAGGUCGUGCUUGGAGACCCUGUCUUUCUCCUCCUGCCGCUGCGUGCCUCCCCCGGGAUCUGUCCUUCUACCCGACCUAGCCCCAGAACCGGGCCGGACCGAACCGGGCCGAGCUGGGCCGCCCGGACGCGGCCGCUGACCAUGGCGUCCCUCUUCAAGAAGAAGACCGUGGACGAUGUCAUAAAGGAGCAGAAUCGAGAGCUGCGGGGCACACAGAGGGCCAUAAUCAGGGACCGAGCAGCCUUAGAGAAACAGGAGAAACAGCUGGAGUUAGAAAUUAAGAAGAUGGCCAAGAUUGGGAAUAAAGAAGCUUGCAGGGUUUUAGCUAAGCAGCUUGUCCAUCUACGGAAACAGAAGACAAGAACAUUUGCUGUAAGCUCAAAAGUCACAUCUAUGUCCACACAAACGAAAGUGAUGAAUUCCCAGAUGAAGAUGGCCGGUGCCAUGUCUACCACUGCAAAGACGAUGCAAGCAGUGAACAAGAAAAUGGAUCCACAGAAGACACUACAAACAAUGCAGAAUUUCCAGAAGGAAAACAUGAAAAUGGAAAUGACUGAAGAAAUGAUCAACGACACCCUGGAUGACAUCUUUGAUGGCUCUGAUGAUGAAGAGGAAAGCCAGGACAUCGUGAAUCAAGUUCUUGAUGAAAUCGGAAUUGAAAUCUCUGGAAAGAUGGCCAAAGCCCCAUCGGCUGCCAGAAGUUUGCCAUCUGCUUCUACUUCAAAGGCUACAAUUUCUGAUGAAGAGAUUGAACGGCAGCUCAAAGCUUUGGGGGUAGAUUAGAACAAAAAGCCAUACGUACUGUUCUCACUUUGGCCUAAAGUGAGUCCGGUGUAGAUUCUUUUUACAAAAUACAUUCAUUUUACAAAAAUGAAGACCAUGAGUGAACAGCUAUUUUCUGACCCAUGGCUAUUCUGAAUCCUUUGCCAAAGAAUGCCAGUGAUGCAAAACACAGGGACACUUUGGGCUUUAACCAGAGUCACUGCAGCCUGAGACCUGUGCAAGCUGAGUUCUUUUCUGCAUGGCAUAGGGAGAUGGUGUCACUACUUAGUGUUGGGUUGUGUUCUAAAUUGUUUUACACUGAAAUCAGAAUUCAUGUUAAAUGCCAUUAGGCAUCAACUUAAAGAGACUUGUAAAAAUAUUAAAGGUAUACCGUUAAUUCUGUAUCUGUCGCUUGUCCUUUGUAGACACUUAUGUUAGGGCCACAGGCAGUGCAGCUGCCAAAUUAUUUUUAAACCAUCUAAAAGAAGAGUGCUAUUUAAACAUCUGUCUUAAAGACUGUCAUGAGCUUUUACUUUUCUUCCAUUUUUCCGCCUUUGGGAGAACAUUCUAGUUGGUAAGUUUAUUACCUUUCAAAAUGUGCUUGGCACCUGCCUUAAACAUAUUGUGCACAUCUUUAAAUUAAUUUACCUGGCAAAAACAAUUACAUUUUAAAAUAAAAUUGAGAGUUACCCAAACAGUUACCCAAUCUGUCUUACAAAGCUUAUAAAAGUGAAUUGGAUAUAAUUAGCCAAAUGAAGAAAGAAGACACUGAAUUAAUAACACUUUACAGUGAUGAAAAUAUACUUGGUCUUUCUUCCAAGAACUGAGAUUUUCUCUGUAUGAAUUAUAAGUCUGUGCUGGAAUUUUGGAUUGCAUUAAUAUACACAUUAAACUCUGUAAAUGAAGCCAUUCUUGUAAAGGAAACACUGCUACCAUGACAGUACUGGAUCUAGAUUUCUAAAGAAAAUGUUUCUGUUUUGUCGUGGUUUGGGUAAUAAACUGCAACUUUGUCAGAAGUUACCGCCUCACGUUCAGCACUGUGUGAGCAGCAUUUGAAGGUGAGAGAGCUGUGCCCUGGAGAGAGGAGGAAAGGAGGAGGCCAUAGAGUUAGAAGUGGAAAGUGAGGUAGGUUCAUUCUGAAGGACCGUGUCCCAGCAGAAGCUAUAGAAAUCCUGAUCAGUGGAAACUGGCUAACCUGGAGUUGGACCUCUGGACUCCGUUAGCAAACGCAGAUGUGCACUACGACGUUAAAGGAGACACCAAUAGGUGCGAAGAGCAGAGGCUCGGCCGUAGACUCCAUAACGGUUCUGUGUUCAGUGCUGACAUCUACAGUGUCCAGUUCUCAUUGCUCCUGAGUGGGAAUGGGUCCAAACACUGUACUGUAUCAUGGGGUAUUACACCCAAACAUGGUUUGGGCGUACAUUAUAACGUUGUCUAACCUAAGUCACUGUUUUGUUUACUUGUGACAGUUGAGUUUUAAUAUUAUUUUGUCUUUUUUUAAAAAAACUCAAUAAAGAUUAUUGCUCUUAUCCUUUUUUCCUUAAA